GAGAAGCUCUGCGUGUUGACCGGGCUACAACAGACACGUAAAGGUAUGGCAAUGUCAAGGGGAGAAUCGGUCACCAUCAUUCUAAUUAUUUGUUCUGUUGUGGUAGCAGAGGCAUUCAGUUUUUCUCAGCUCACAGAUGAGCAUGGAAUUCAACCCCACCUUCGAAAGAAACGGUCUGCUACACAGAACCUACGAUUUCUCCUUGAAGUUGACAUUGACGUGUCCAGCCUGGGUGUAGCUAACUAUCUAAAAAAUAUUGUGGCCAAUUUCAGCUAUCCGUUACUAGUGCAAAGUAAUAACAUCACAGAUAUUGAUGUGUCAACUGUAUGUCAACCAAACAACACCGGAUACCAGUGCACAUGUGAAGAGGACUAUUUUUUAUUUUAUAACACCUGUGUUACCUAUGGUGUUUGUGACAGCAUUAUCAAUCAGACAUGCGGAUGUAUUAAUUCCCUUCCAGUCAGCGUACCACUGUGUCAAAAAGAUGUAUGUGGCCAGAGUGAGGUCUGUGGGCCCAAUUCCAACUGUACCAAUGUGCUGGGAGGACACACCUGUUCUUGCUUGCCUGGAUAUAAUUUCACUGAUUCAACUUGUGAAAUCAGUCAAAGUAACCCAUGUUCAGCAAAAGAUGAGAAAUCAUCUGCAAAGGUUAUAUCAUAA